GCUUUGGUCUCUUGGCGGUGGCAUCGCCACUUUCCACCAAAGAAUAUUAUUUCUCGAUUCGUCAGCGGAUAAUCAUUGCCAUAAUACAAUCUCAUCGUCACUGUUUUCAUCAAUCCUAUUCCUACCCCCAACUCACUCCACCAGGAAAAAAACGUCAAUCCCUCUUUCCAAUCGCUCAUAACAAGUACAAGUCUCGUGUGAUUUGACUUGGAAACUAGACGCUUUCCACGACUCUCCUCCUCACCACUGAUACAAACCCAAAAGCCCUAAACUCUAACAUGCUUGACUAGUGUCAUCAGAGGAUGGAAGCUGAUGUUUCCAUCCCCCUUUAAACCCUAGCUUUCCGACAACGAAAAAUUGGAUCUUCAUAGGGUCUUUAAUUUUGGUACGUUUGUGGAUUCAGAAAGAAAAAUGUUGAAUCAUUGGGUGUUCGGUUGCUUUCUAUGUUUAUUGGCAUCCUGGGUGACUGCUAAUGUUGUUUUGAUGGGGAAUAAUCUUACUUUAGCUUUUGAUGACAUCGAAGCUAAUUUUGCUCCACCUGUGAAAGGUUCUGGGGAAUGUGGAACAUUGUUUCUUGCAGAGCCAUUGGAUGCUUGUGAACCUUUGAGUAAUAAAACAAUUGAAGACAGCUUAAACCAGCCCUUUUUAUUAAUAGUUAGAGGAGGAUGUAGCUUUGAGGAUAAAGUUAGAAGAGCACAAUCUGCAGGGUUCAAGGCAGCCAUUGUCUAUAAUAAUGAUGAUACUGAUCUUGUUGCAAUGGCGGGUAAUUCGGGUGGUAUAUCGAUACACGCGGUAUUUAUUUCAAAAACAUCGGGACUAAAGCUGAGCAUGUAUGCGGGUAUAACUUCAUUGGAGCUAUGGAUUAUCCCAAGCUUCGAGAACUCUGCAUGGUCAAUCAUGGCCAUAUCUUUCAUUUCAUUGCUUGCCAUGUCAGCAGUACUCGCUACAUGUUUCUUUGUGCGUAGGCAUCGGAUAAGACGAGAUCGCCCUCAGGCUUCUCGUGUUCGGGAAUUUCAUGGAAUGAGUAGUCGGUUAGUGAAAGCUAUGCCGAGUUUAAUAUUUACAGCUGUUUUAGAAGAUAAUUGCACUUCUGCCACAUGUGCUAUAUGUCUCGAGGAUUAUAGCGUCGGGGAUAAGCUUAGAAUUUUACCAUGUCGCCACAAAUUUCACACGAUUUGCGUGGACGCGUGGCUGACAUCAUGGCGAACAUUCUGCCCUGUUUGCAAGCGCGAUGCCAGGACCGCCAACGGGGACCCACCAGCCUCGGAGCGGACCCCGCUACUCUCCUCCAAUCCAGCCUCCAUGGCAUCAUCCACCAUCUUAUCUUCCGCGUGGUCGUCUUCAUACGCAUCCUCAGCAGCUAUUCACAUUGGUCAAAGCUCACGUACGCAUUCUAUUUCCAAUUCCAAUUCCAACCUCCGUUCCGUUUCCGUUGCCAGUACUCCUUACAAUAUCCAUUCCUCCCUUCAAAGCAAUCACCAAUCCCCUUACGGCCUUACUCCCUCACGAAGCUCAUUAGACAUUAGGAAUCUCGCAUCUUCUUCGCAUAGAUCCCGUGCCUCUCAUUUGCUCUCCUCAAAUUCCUUGGGUUACCCUUCCUUCUCACCUCUAAAUUCGAGACACCUGUCCUCAUAUUAUCCGAGCCCGGGGAACGCUUCAUCGAGUUACGUUUGGUCUUCGAGUCACCAACCGCACCCUUUGCGACACAGCGACUCUGCUGCCAGCUUUUCUCCCUAUGCUUCGGCUCACUCGCUUCCAGAAGACUAAAAUACAUACAGAAACACACCUGUGUUUUUACCUUUUUACAUGUUUAGCCACUUAACUGUUUCCUGAUUAAACCAUUAUACUUUUUUUAUGACCGUGAAAAAGGAAAACAAACAUUUUUCCCAAUGUUUUUGGGAACAAUAUUUGAAAGGGUUAAAAAAAAGUAUAAUGAUGUAGAAAAUAGGUAAGUGGCUAAAUAGGUAAAAUGAUAAAAAUACAAGUGGUUUUCUUGCCCCUUUAUGAAUGCUGAUUACGGUGGCUGCUGAAUUGUGUCUGUACAUUGUUGUAGUGUAAGGUAAGGUUGCUUUGUGAAUCCUUUGAUGAUUAUGCUCUCAUCUGAUAUUCUGUUGGUUCUUGUUUGAUGUUUGUGAUUGGUGAGUUAUAGUUGUUAUUUAUAUAAAAAGAAUUCUUGAUGCUUCA